AUUCUACUCUUCUUUUCUUCAUAUCUUGAUCAACAUGGAGGGAGGAUUUUCCUGUGUAUGUAUCAUGUGUUUAUCAACAUUCAACAAAAUAUAUGUAUUUUUGACAAAACCAUAGGCCGGCGGUGCGGUCUAACUAUAUAAAUUUAAAACAUUCCAGCUCUGAUAAAAUCAUUUUAUGAAGAAAGUCUUAUCAAUAAUAGAUCAAAUCACGGUUAAUACAUCACAUGAAUAUAUAUUGAUACCAAACCCACGCUUUUGGCGGAGUGUAAUCUAAACAAAGCAUUAAUCAAUAAUGAAACGUUAACAGAUUCUGAAAAACAUCGACAUAGGCUCGUCGACUGAGUUAAAACGUCUGAGAUGAUUAAUAAAGAACUUAAUGAGAGUUAACUUCUAACUAAAUGAUAUGCUUGUUACUGUUUGAAUCCAAUGAAGUAUAUAUAAUCACAUAUCUCCAUACGAUAGUUUGUAGACAUAUAUAUCUUUAAACGAUAGUCAUAAUUACAACUUGUAGUAAUCGUCCAGUUUGUCACAUGGCAUGAGUUCAGAAAGGGAACAACAUUUGUGGCGCACCAGGCCACUAAUUAUCGAUAUAAAUAUAAUAGUCCAUAUAAUUAGCAACUUGAUCAUUGAUCAAUAUACAUUAUUCAAUAAAUAACUCAAAAACAGGCUUUCUCUGCAAGUUUGUUGGAAUUAUCGGAUCACAUUAGGUUCAUUGUUCACAACAAGAGAUCUAGAAACUGCCACGCGACAACAAUGUUUCCUAAGUCGGAACACAUCGGUUAUCGUAUUAGAUUAUCUCCCUGCGAAAACAAUGGAUUGAUUUAUUAUAAAGUGUUCAACCAAAAUUUUUUAUUAUUACAAAGUGAAAUCCACUAAUGCUCAUUACAUUAUAUUUUAUUGGUUUGGUUAAUCCCACACCUAACAUUAGUUUCUUAGUGGUUUAAGUACUACUAUUAAUUAUGUCAGUAGGAGCCAUAACGGGCAGCCUCAGAUACUUAUUUUGUCGUUGAUGAAUCAUAUUCUUAUAAACUACUUUAAGUUAGUAAUUAGCUCCAUCAUCUACCUUCUUGUUUUAUCGUCAUGAAUGAUAGUUGAUAGCGCAUGCACAGCAGCACCUUCCACACUUCUUGUCGAGUGGAAUAUUUCAUUAUGGGCUUGAAAACACUCGGAGAAUUGUAAGAUUGGGCGAUUUGUAAUAUUUUACUAUUUCGUUUGGGGGCAGUGAACUUGUCUAUAUCAAAUUUGUUUGAGCAUCUCCGACUCCAAUAUAUAAUUUAUUUGAAAAUAAAGUUUAUAUUAAAAAAAUGAUUUAACCUCAGCUUAUUUUUUAUUUUAUAAUAGAGUAAAUAUGAAUUUAUUCAAUAAACAGAGUACUCGUUUUUCAUUACUCUAUUUUCACAAAAAUGGAGUAAACUUGGAAUAAAUUCAAAUAUAUUAUGAAACUAUUCCAUUUUAAAAAAACGAUGUGUUUAUAUUGGAGAUGCUCUUAGACUAAUUUUAUAAGCAUAGCUCUCCAUAUCGCACAAAGUUAAAAUAGUGCUAUAAUGUAGUUCUGUUAUAUGGUUAAAUUUUAUUUUAUUUAUUAAAAUAAACUGUUUGCGAAAGCUAAAAAUAAUGAAUUUUAAAGCUAAAGUCAUUGAUAUAUUUAAUGAAUAUUUAUUAGACAAUUGAUCAUAAAUGUAAAAUAAAAAUAUUUUUAAAAAUGAAAAUACAAUUUUAUAUUGUUUAUGUGAUAACUGAGACAGAAAAAAUCAAUUAUUAUUUUUAGAAAAAUAAAAAAAUAAAAGAUGUAUAAAUACUAAGUAGAAAACUUAGUUUAUUGAAACUCCCGAAUCUCUUGAAGAUACUCCCUCUGUUUCAUAUAUAUUAAGUGUCGUUUUAGAUUUGUGCACACGGAUUAAGGAAACAAUUAAUUUUACAUGUUUUCUAUAUAAAAACACAAUUACCUAUACACCUAACCAUAUUUCAACCAAUAGAAAAACAAAUAACAGAAUAAUAAAUUUUGCAUUAAAAACCGAAAACGACACUUAUUUUGUAACAAUUUUUUUUCUCUAAAACAACAUUUAAUAUAAAACGGAGGGAGUAUAAAUUAUAAUUAUACUAUGUGAGUGUUUCAAUUUUUUAAAUGCAAUAAUAAAUAAGCAAUUAUUGUUUUGCCAAAUAUAAAUUAUUGAUGUUUAUGUUUUUUUGAAAGCAUAAAUAAUAAAUUAUCAUCCUAUUGAAUUCAUAAAACCAGUCGUAAGAUGAUUAUGUCUGAAUGGUCGAACAAAACACCAAAGUAUAAAGUAUGAAAAACCUCUCUCUGAUCCACAGAUUGAAAGGCUCUCUCGAUCAUCUGUAACCCUAGCUUGAGAAAGUCUCUGAUCCUCAUCGUGGAGCCAUGUGCCAAGGCGAGUUUUCUUCUCGUAAGAUCUCUCUCUCGAUCUCUUAGAUGAAAUUGUCUGUUAGAUUUUCGAUCCAUCAUAGUUAUGUCUUGUCCUCUCUCUCUUACUUACUCUUAGGGAAUGAUACAACGGUCUUCUGGAACAUGGAUGACUACCCAAUCCCUGUUGGGAUCCAUGAUCUUGGUUCUAUUCGUAUUAAUAUCGAAGGCGCUCUUCAUCAAUUUGGCUUUCAUGGAGAUAAGGAUAUCCAAGUGCAUUGUAAGCGACUCAAGUGUGGCCUAAAAGAGGAGUUGGGUGAUGCCGGAAUCUUUUACUUACUCUCAUGUAAACACUUUCUCUUUGCCAUCGUCGUUUCUACUUAUUAUUAUUAUUAUUAUUAUUAUUAUUAUGUCUCUCUCUUUUAAUAUUUAGAGUUAUUUCUCUCUCUCUGUAUAGGUACACUGACUUACAUGGCUGUUGUUGACAAAAUGACUACUCUGGAUAUGACUAGUGAAUUGGUUCAGUUUGCAUUGACUGCUCAGUUUGAGGGGUCACACUCUUCUCCUAAUAGAUCCGCCUGAUGAAGAAUGUAGCUUUGCUGUAGAAUCUCUGCUUGCUUAUGCUCAUAUUAUUGUACGUGCUAGUGAUAGUAUGGUCGAAGACGAAGAAUAUGUUGAAGAAGACCCCUCUAAUGUUGAAGAAGACAUGUACCCAAAUUGUUUUGUUUUAGAUUUCAUCUUUCAUUAUAGCAUGAUUAAUAGGGGUUCUUAGGGUGCGGUUCUUAACGAAAAAUAAGAAAUCGUCUCUUAAUAUUUAACUAAAAAAGCUAAGAACCGGCUCUUAAAUAUCUUGUUUAAAAUAAUCAAAAAAGGAAAAUCAAUAUAGUUUUUACCUCUAUCACCUCUGUUGUCUACGACGAGUCUCAAGCAGUAUGGAACAUGAAACUCAGCUUGACAAGCCAUGGUUUCUUUGAUGGUAGAUACAUUUUUGUUACCGUGCUCGUUGAUUCCGAGGUUUGGACCAUAAGCUGUAAGCUUAUCUAGCACAAAUCUUGUGCAUAAUGAAAUAUUUAAUAAACGUAGAUUGAAAAGGUAUCAAGUUAUAAUGAUUUUGUUAAAAGAUAUAUAGUUUAUUGAUAAGGACUUUUUACAAUCCUAUGUCAAAAUAGUAAAGAUAGAUGUCAAUCCAAUCCUAAGUGAUCAUAAAACAAGAGAAUGCAAGUAAUGCUUAAUCUAAGUACAAUCAAGGUACUUAAGUGAUUUCAAUUUAAGAACCAAACAAACAAAAACAAUAUCUAAAGUUUUCAAUCAAAUGAUAAUAUAGAACCCAUGGGCUUAAGGCAAUUGAUUUAAGACAAUUAGUUUCCAAGUCAAGGUUUUAACUUUAAGCAAUCACAAGUUCUUAUAGGUCUAGAACACAGAUAAAGAUCAAUUAUUUCCCAAGGUAAAGAUCCCUAUGCAAUCAUGAAUCAAACAUCAAUUCUCAUUGGUUCAAAUCAUUCAAGCAUGCAUUAUAUUCAAGUUUACUAACCAUCUAGCAAUCCUAACAUCAAACCCCUUUGGUUAUUCAAGCUAGAACAAUAUUAAGUUUAAUCAAACAUUUUUUUUUUGAAUGAAUGCUAAAUUUUAUUCAUCAAAAAAACCUUUACAUCAUAUGUAGACCUUGCCAUAUAAGAUUUCUACUCUCAAAAGAUUUCUACUCUCAAAAUGCAACACAAAAUCAAACUCUAGUUCCAAACCAAAAUUGGAGACCCCCUUCCAUACCCUUCCUCCUUUGCAUUCUUAAUAAGCUAAGCUUGUUCCUUAUCGCCUUGUCCACCAAUUUCUUCAUCAUCGAAAUUCCCAUUGGCUUCUCCCCAUGUUUUAUCUUGUUUCUUUCUCUCCAUAUUGCAUAGACUGCAACUUAGAAUGAGUACCUUACACAGAACAAUCUCUUCUACUCCAUAGAACUUCAUGAUAUCAACAACACUAUGACAGACCAGACAUUGGAAUGAGUAUCCCGCAAGAUACCAGCAGUGAGAUGCUCCCAUAACUGUAAAGAGUAGGUACAUUCAAAGAAUAAAUGAUUCCUAGUCUCUACAGCACCCUUGCACAACACACAAGUUGUAUCAGCUCCCAAACUCCAUUUAGAGACCAUAUCCAUAGUAGAUAGUCUAUCCAACAUUGCUAACCAAGUUAUAAAUGCAAACUUUGGAGUAGCCAUAGAAAACCAAAUACCUCGGGCCCAAGAGCAGUGCGCAUAGUUUUCACAAAGCAGCAACCAAGUCUCAAGAGUCGAGAACACAUGUUUAAACCCCAUUCUACAUCUCCAUUGAUUAACAUCCUUCUUCUCAUGCCUCAUCUUCCCUUGGACAAUGAUCACCCCUGCUUCUAUUUCAUUAAAAACCACAACUCAAUGCUUCCUUUUACUCCUAGAACUCAGAACAGCUUCCUCCAUAGUAGCUUCUUUCCUAAUACCCAUACCCAUUAUGCCCCUUUCACCUAGCAAAUCAAUAAGCACACCCUUGUCUGACCACUUAUCAAACCAAAAGGAAGUGUGACGACCAUUCCCCAUCUCUUUCCUAUAGAAUGUCUUUGCAACAUCCCUCAACUUCAACAUCUUUCUCCACAUCCAAGAACCAGUUUGAGUGCUAGCCUUGACUUCCCAAAACGACUUCUUCUUUAAAAGAUAUGACUUGAUCCAUUUUCCCCAAAUCAAAUCCCCGACAACAUUCUCCAGAUGAGCUUCAACCCAUAAACCUUGUUAACAUCUUAAAGAGCUCUGAUUCCCAAGCCACCUUCAUUCUUAAGUUUAUUGAUAUCUUUCCACGCAACCUUCGCACCAGUGGACUUCAGAGUAGGCCAUGUCCAAAGAAAGGAAGCACAUAGUUGCUCUACCUCCUUUAUACCAUUAAAAACCUUAACUCUUCACUAAUCACCAUAAAUCUACCUAACCCAUAGAUUCAAAAGACAACUACUCACUACUCACCAUGAUUGACUUUAAACCAUUGGUUAAUUUAAGAUUAAUCAUGAUUAGUGAUCAAGAUAAUCGUCUGCGAAGGUUGCAUGCGAUCGAGAGCAUGGAUUCGUCAUGGCUUAGCCGCGGCUGGCUUCAUCCGGCGAAGGUCGCCCACAGUGAUGCCUUCUCUUUGCAGCCACCAUCUGGUCGUGGUUCUCGCCUGCUACCCCGCCAAUCUUCCUCAUCUUGAACGUUUUAAGACCUCUUAAGCUCCAAAACUUGACUAGCACUUCUCCAAACCUGCAAAACAUACAAAUGCAAUGCAAUGCAGUCUAAACAAUAUUUAAAUGCAUCUAAAUGAUUAAUAUAUGAACUAGAAUGAUGCUUAGAACAUAUAAGUAUACAGGAUAUCAUUUAUAUUUACAGGACAUACCAAAAUUUUAGAACGAUUAUUUUCAUUUUGAGUUGAACAUUUAUAUCUAUGUCUACUUUUGAUCAAAAAAGUAACUGAUUGUAUGUCAUACACAUGAAUUGGUGUUAAAAAAAAAGAAUAUAACAUGCAAAUGAAAAACAAGUUAGUUAAAAUCAUAAAGUCUUCACCAAAACUUGGGAUUGAAAGAAAGUGAGUGAUGGAAUUAAAGAGGAAGAGUGAGUAACGAGACACACCAAAUAGAGCACUCCACUGAUUUCUUUGGACACAAGUUACUGAUAUGUGUUGGGAAUGUACACUAUCCUUAGCCAUUUUAUUGCCAUCGUAGUGAAGUAAACACCUCACUGUUUCUACUUUCACCAUUAUUUCUUAUAUCUUCUUCUCCUUCUGUGUUCCAAGAAUCAGAGAGACUAAGUUGAUAUAUGGUAUCAGAAAGAUAUACGAUUUAAGGCAUUUUGUUUCUACUAUUAAUCUCUUUCAUUACUGUCGACAAGGCGGUCUCACACUUUCUGAAGUGUCAACUGCCAUGUCAAGCAACAUGUGGAUCAUUCUCUGGCAAAUCGGCCGCUGUACCAGCUUUGUGAUACACCGAAAAUGUUUGGCUAUUACAAAAAAUAAGGCUUCUUGAAAUGGACAGCUACACAUUAACCCACUAUUCAGCUGCAUUUGUGUCUUUUGAAGAACUCUGUUUCUGAAAGUUUGUUUCCAUAUGGACACACUAAGGCUCAAAAAAUUACCAUAAUUUUGCGCAUGUAUUCCUUAGAUGUGGAAGCAGCAGAUUUGACAAGUAAUUGAAUAGCAAUAUCUGCAAAGCAGCCAGAUGGCAGAGUGAUGUCCUCAAGUCAUGAAAACAUGUAUAGACAUGUGAAGAAAAAGAUAAGUAUUUCAUUGAAUCUAUAUAUAAUUAACAAAUCCACCUCAUCCCCUUACAUGUUGGAUGUUUUCUUCUCAUGGCCAUUUAUCAUUGAGAGGAGCCAUUAACCAAAUGUUCUGAAUGCUCUGACUGGUUGUCUCCCUUAACCGUCAAAGAAAAAAAAAUAUCAUUUGGCGCAUACUUCCAUGCUUUCUGGACUGUGAGCUCCAUCCAGAUAAGAUACUACAUCCAAAGAAGAAUGUUGGAAAAAGGAUCAACUUCAGAAACAAACGAAAGUCUUAGAUGCAGCCUAAAAAAAGAGUUCAACAAAGGCUAGAAAGAGCAGCUUACCAUCUGAGUCAGACUGGGAACUUCAAGUUUACCAAUUUGCUGAAGCCAGGUAGAGGCAAGCGAAACUUAACUGUGUUGCGGUUAGUGGUUGCACCACUUCGAGAUUCACCUGUCAAUACGAUGUUAAAAGCUUAUCCAAAAACUAAUUGGUUAACGCAUACAAGAAUGAUAAAAGUAAAACCUAAAUUACUACAAUCAACCAAGCAACACAAACAUUUUCUGCUAAAUUUGAUGUAGAGUUCAAUUAUUAAAAAUUGGCGUACAUCUAAUUCGACACGCAUGGCUUCAUCAGGUUGUUUGGGGGUACUUUGAAAGCUGGAACUCCAAGCUGAAAUGGGAACAAGAAAAGAUUAGGCAAACCAUGGAGAGUAUUACUAAGUUACAAAAAAAAAGGAAGGAUCCAUUUUAAAGAUACAAAAGUUAUAGCCACCUUGAAACUUCCAGCCUUACUCACCAGCAAUUUUGCCAUCCAAAGAGAGGAAAGAAGUCAUGGCAUAAUAUUAGAAAGGAAAUAGAACUGAAAUAUCCUUGCCAUUUUCAUAGCAGCAUUGGUAUGCCAUCAUGCAUAAGAGGAUUCCAAAUUAGUAACCUAGAAUUUCCAUGUUGUCAUAACCAAGUGAAGAAAUACCACAUGCCACCAGUGAGUCAACAAACUUUUAUUGUGAGUUAAGAAAAAAACUAAACUUAGUUGCAUCUUCACUUGGAUCUAUGAACGUUACAUCUAGAAAUGAAAACAGAGUAAUAUGUUUCAAUAGACAAUAAUAAAUUAGGCUCUGAAAAACGUAUUAUGCUUACGAAGAAUUGUUUGCAAUCAGGUUCCUGUUUCUAUAAAAGCACAUACAUAUAUUUUCCUUUCUCAAAACUUUCAAAAAACUUAGAUAAAAUACUUACCCAUCCAAACGAUAUCUUUCAAGUUCGGAAGCCAUAGAUAGCUUCGUAAAAUAGAUGCGGAUCCCUUCAGGCCAGAUAAUAAGAAAGAGAAUUAACAUUAUCUGUUGCCUGUUGGAUCAGAAAGUAAUCAAUCGUGUAGUAACUACACGUGCUACUGAUUACCCAAAAAAAAAACUACACGUUCUACUGCUGCCAUGAUCUAGGUGAUGAUUGUUUUACUUGUUUUUAGUUUUUGGAUUUUAGUUUUGUUUUGUAAAAUAUUUUAUGCUAUUAAAUACUCCCAACUUAUCUCCUAUUUUAUCUCCCCCCACUAACCCAUAUCUUGGCGAACGCCCAAAGUCUUGUUCUUUUUCUACACUUACAAUUUUUUGUUAAACUCUUUCAACACAGUUUUUAAAAAGAUUACAAAUUUGACUCUUUGUGGCUUGGAGUAGCGCAGUCUGGCGUCCAUUCUCAUCAUGUGGUAAAAAACCUCAUUUGAAUUACCAAUAAGAUUGCUCUAAUUACAAUAUAAUAUACUAUAUAUAGAGCAAAUACAAAUAUAGGAAGUAGAAGAAACAUAGGAAAGUCCAACCACACGAACAUGCUUCUACUUUUUCUCGACAACAAUCAAAUAGAGAGGUCUACCUCGUAGAUAUCUCUUAAUAUAGAUUACACUUACAUAUUCAACGAAAAAAAAAAAAAUUCAACGAAGCAUCUUAUAAUUGUAGAUCGAUAUACAUCUCAUGAUAUUCACAAUGUCAUCGUUUCUUCCCGUUAUCUUCCUCGUCCUAGUCUUUGUCCCUUCCAUAUUAUCAGCACCGGUGACAAGUUUAACCAAAGACUAUUACCAAGAAACGUGUCCUGAUUUCAGUAAAAUUGUUCGUGAAACCGUUACGACCACGCAAGGCCCGCAGGGGAGGACAGCUGCUGGAAUACUCCGUCUCUUUUUCCACGAUUGUUUCUUAGAAGGAUGUGACGCGUCCGUACUAAUCGCUAAAAAUGCUUUAAACAAAUCUGAACGCGAUGAUGAACUCAACCAUUCUCUUACGGAAGAAACGUUUGAUAUCGUGACUCGCAUCAAAGCAGCUCUUGAAGAGUCUUGUCCCGGUGUUGUGUCUUGCGCAGACAUCUUGGCUCAGUCCACGCAUGACGUUGUCACAAUGAUUGGUGGGCCUUCCUACGAAGUCAAGUUAGGUCGUAAAGAUGGGUUUGAGUCGAAAGCUCAUAAAGUUAGAGAAAACUUACCAUUACCAAACCACACGGUCCACGACAUGAUGUCGUUAUUUCAAAAGAAGGGUUUCACUCUAAAGGAGAUGGUUGCACUAAGCGGCGCACACACUAUCGGAAUUUCUCACUGCAAAGAUUUCAUCAGCCGGGUCAUUGGGCCACAGCCUGAUCCAGAUAUCGAAGCACGAUAUGCUGAAGUUCUUAAAAGUCUAUGCAAGGAUUACACAGUGAAUGAAACGAGGGGCUCGUUUCUUGAUCCGGUGACGCCAGACAAAUUCGAUAAUAUGUAUUACAAGAACUUGGAAAAAGGGAUGGGACUGUUAGCUUCCGACCACAUCUUGUUUAAAGAUAAUAGUACGAGACCGUUCGUGGAGUUGUAUGCGAAUGACCAGACGGUUUUUUUCGAGGAUUUUGCACGUGCCAUGGAGAAACUAGGCAUGGUCGGUGUUAAAGGAGACAAAGAUGGAGAGGUGAGACGCAGAUGUGAUAACUUAAACAAACCUAACGGUUCAGUGGCGGAGCCAGACAAAAGUUUUACCGGGGGCAAUAUAAGUUUUGAACUUAAUUUAUAAGGGGCAAUAGUAGAAAUUUUACCAUCUAAACCAUAUAAAUUUUGAAUAAUCAAUGAAAAUGCACAAAAAAUCAAUAUUUUAUAGGGGGCAACUGCCCCCCCUUUCUCUCUACCUCCCUCCCUCCCUCUGCCACUGACCUAACGUAUAACUAACGUUAAGAGUAUAAUUGAGUUCAGUUUUUGUUUUGUUUUGAAUGAUGUAUAUAUAAGUUAACGUAACAGUUCCCAUAGUGUAAUGAUAUAUAUGUUUUGUUUUGGACUAUGAAUUUUUGUAUGUUAAUUGAAAUUUCUUAGUUAUUAGUUAUUACUUUGCGGAGGAAUAUAAAAAUUCAAGUUUCUUGACUUACCUCGCCAUAUAUCUUUCAAAUGGCUUCACGGGUUGGAGCCUUUUUUAACAAGACUACAAGAGACAACGAGUGUCCCUUCAAACUAUUGCUGGGACAAGCUUAGAAAUCAGGUCAGGUUAUACACAUGUAUUUUAAACAAGUCAACUUAUGACUUUAUAUGUAGAGGCCUUCUUUAGGUCUGAUCAAGUUUUCUAAUUAAUUUCCUUCUGGCGAAAGAACUAUCAAACUUUUGUUCAACGAAUGGUCUUUCACUUUAUUUAUCUAAAAUAUUAUUUUUCGUCUAAUAAAGUUUUCGUAAAUAAUUAAGAAUGUGUAUUGAUGUGUAUAUCAUCCCUUCGUUGGUAACAUAUUAUUCGUUUAUUUAAGCUAUUCUGUUUGCCAAAAUCCCUCUGAUUAUCAGGUUAUUAGCAUUUGGAGUUGUGGAUGGAUUUUAUUCUCUUUCUUUGUCUUUACAUAAUAUCGAAUAUAUGUAAAAGUCUUUGGUGCGUCAACGUCCAAACCAUCUGACACUUGUCAGACAACCAUGUGUUCAGUAAUAAAGCAGACCGAUCUAGACACGUGAAGCAGUCGAAGCUUUGCAUCGCUGUAAUGAUGACCAAAUAAUUUUAUUCCAUAUUUUCUCUUAUUAUUUCCAUAUUUUUUGGCACACGAAAACUGCCAAUGCCGACAAAAAAAAAAAAAGAAGUCUGCAUAUCUAUAUAAGCAUCUCAAAUUAACGACCCC